GCGAUGGCAACUGUUCAGUAGUCACAGACACCCUUCAACGACCGUAGUUAAACCUCCUAACUCACUUCCCCUUCCCUCACUCUAUUUGCUUUGUUUGUCUUCAAUGGAAUAAGAGCAGAAAGAAAAGAACACAACUUUGGGCAGAGUAGUUGGUGGGGCAUUUUCUUUUCAGCCAAGGUAAUAGCUAGGAAACAAUAAAAAAAAAGGCUUGGAAAAGAACCACUUUCCGUGUGCAUGCUGAUUCUACCUUGAUUCAUGUGUUCAGUUUUGGAGAAAAGGGAUCCAGUGUUGAUCAGCAAUAUUGAUCUGUUACUUAACUAGGGGACCGAGUAAGAAUGCCAAACCAGCUAUGGUUUGCACUGCCAAUGAUUUACAAGAAUGGAAAGAUUUCCCAAAGGGACUUAGAGUUCUUCUGCUUGAAGGAGAUAGUAGUUCUGCUGCUGAGAUAAGAGAACAACUUGAGGCCGUGGACUAUAAUGUUUCCACUUUCUACGAUGAGAAUGAAGCCUUGUCAGCACUCUCGAGUAGUCCUGAAGGCUUCCAUGUUGCUAUAGUGGAGGUGAGUACAAGCUGUAGCCUUGGAGGUUUCAAAUUUCUUGAGAAUUCAAAGGACUUGCCUACCAUUAUGACUUCAAAGGACCAGUGCCUGAACACCAUGAUGAAGUGCAUUGCGCUUGGUGCAGUUGAGUUUCUCAGUAAACCACUCUCUGAGGACAAGCUCAAAAAUAUUUGGCAGCAUGUUGUUCACAAGGCAUUUAAUGCUGGGGCAAAUGUCCUGUCUGAAUCACUAAAACCUGUCAAAGAAUCUGUAGAAUCCAUGCUGCAGCUUCAAACAGAAAAUGGACAAGAUAAAAGUAGGAUUUCAAUUGAUUUAGAAAAUGUGUCGAGGUUUAGUGAUAUUGACCAUGAGCAGUCUGCUGUAUGUGAUAAAUAUCCGGCUCCGUCAACCCCUCAAUUAAAGCAGGGGACAAGGUUACUGGAUGAUGGAGAUUGCCAUGAUCAGACUAAUUGCUCAACAGAAAAAGAAAGUGUGGAACAUGAUGGGGAAUGUAAAUCUGUCGAAACUUUGUGUGAGAAUUUGAAUGCUGAAAGUUCUCCUCAACCAAGGGAACCUGAUAAGACUCUGAUUAAGGAGGAAGAGGAUUUUGCCAAUGGUUCCAGGGGUGAGAGUGCUGUUUCACUGAGUCCAAAUAAUAAAAAGUUUCUCAGCAAUGCCGAUGGUAAUACAUCUCCAAAUAGAACGGGCGUACUUAAUGAUUCAUGUGAGAUUAAAGCUAAUCGGAAGAAGAUGAAAGUAGACUGGACUCCUGAGCUACAUAAAAAAUUUGUGAAGGCUGUCGAACAACUAGGUAUCGAUCAAGCCAUUCCUUCUAGAAUAUUGGAGAUAAUGAAAGUGGAAGGCUUGACAAGGCACAAUGUGGCAAGCCAUCUUCAGAAAUAUAGAAUACACAAGAGACAAAGUGCACCCGGGGAAGAAGAUCGGAAAUGGCAUAAUCAAAGGGAUGCAAUGCAAAGGAACUAUUAUAUGCAAAGACCAAUCAUGGCAUACCCUCCAUAUCAUUCAAAUCACACCCUUUCUCCAGCUCCUAUAUAUCCUAUGUGGGGACAACCUGGUAGUCAAACAGCUGGUGUACAGAUUUGGGGCCAUCCUGGUUAUCACAUAUGGCAUCCUACAGAAAGUUGGCACUGGAAGCCUUAUCAGGGGGUGCAUGUGGAUGCUUGGGGAUGCCCAUUGUUGCCAGCCCCUCAAGCUCCUUGUUUUCCUUACAAUCAAAAUAUACCUGGAUUGCACAAUCCUAAAGCAGUGGACUAUAGAUUCGGCAUGCCACAAAGUUCCUUUGAGCAUCAUCCGGCAGAGGAGGUGGUAGACAAGGUUGUGAAGGAAGCAAUAAGCAAGCCAUGGCUACCAUUGCCCUUAGGACUCAAACCUCCUUCCAUGGAUAGUGUGUUGGCUGAGCUCUCCAAACAAGGCAUUUCCGGCAUCCCUCUUGGCAACAAGCGUUCUUCUACUCCUAAACUCCGCUGACAUGUAUGACCGACCCCACCACUGGGUCCCACAGAGUAGUGGUUUUGAUGAUGGGGCCAGCCAGUUACAUAUCAACGCCCUGUUGACUCUUGUAAUUAUUUUGUUUCUCAAAUUUCCCUCCCAGGUUGCAACUAGUGGUAGAUUUGGCUGGAAGUUGGGACCAUUUACUUUGCCUUGCCAUCCCCGCCUCCACACCAACCACUCAAGAUGUCUCUCCUUAAGCUGCUGAGCAAUGAUGGUUGAUAUGAUAUGAUAUGAUAUCAGGUCAGGUCAUACACCACCAUGAUGCAUCACAAAUGGGCAAUACAUUGAUCCUAUUCCAUGGCCACUUGCCAAAACAAAACGCUAAAAAUAACAUUAAAAAAAAAGGUUAAGCUAUGCAGCAGCAUUCAGCAGUUUCAAUGCAGUGCAUGGCAUCAUUUGUUGAAACUAAGGACUGGCCACGCAUUUGUUGAAGCUUUAUACAAAAUAUUGUGGCUGAAAGAAAGAUAACAAUGUGGACUUUUUGAUGGUUGUGGUGGUGAGGGGUUUUUGGUUGUAAGUGACCAGCUUCGGGGUCCAUGUAAAAAUAGCAUGACAGGGACUGGAGGUGUCUUGGUUCUGUUGGUGUUGUUGGGGAGGGGGUCUAGUUGAGGUCUAAUAAUGGAAAAAAAGGAUAGUUAGGAUAGUGUUGUGAAUAAAAAAUGAGUCCAGGCUUUGGUUUAUGCUAACUUGUUCUUUUCCCAAUUCAAUUUGUUCACUCAGCUAUUUUAGCUUAAGUUCAGCAUUGAGAACAACACUUUGUGCAUGUUCAGUUGUUUUUGCUCACUUUAUCUUUUUAACGUUUUGAAAAUAAUUCUAAGCUA